AUGGAUUAUUAAUAAGAAAACGAAGGUAACAACUAAGUCUUAUAUGGCGCAGAUCAAGAUAUCGAAACUGUAAAAGAAGAUGAAAUUCAAAAACCUUAAGAAAAAAUGAACAAAGAGGAAUAAUAAUAAUUUUAAAAAUCAUGCUGUGCCAUUUUGUCAGUUGAAUAUUACUAACCAUAUUUUAAUAUUACAAGCAAUGAAAUUAUUAAGAGAAUUAAAUGUUGUUUUGUCCCAACAAAACCUGAAUUUUUGAAUAUAAUUAAAUAAAAUCCUGAUUUAUGGGGUCCUUUUUGGAUUUUAACAACAGUUGUUUUUAUGCUUUAUUCUUGCGGAAAUUUAUCUCAAUAUAUUUAAAUGAUAUGUCUUUAUGGAUAUUCUAUGGCUUGCUUUGUCAUUGUUACAUUAAUGAAUAUGAUACCUUUAUAUUAUAUAAAAGUUAUAUCAGUCAUUUAUGGUUUACUUAGUUCUACAGUAUUUAUUGUUAUAAAUAUAUUUGGAGAUAUUAAAGAAUUAGCACCUUAAAAAAAAUAUAUUAUUUUAGGUAUUAUUGGAGUAUUUUAAGUUGGUGUUAUGUUAACUUUCUUAUUAUAUUUCUUUAGCUGA